AUGGGCCACAGCCCAGGGGUAAGUUUAGGGUUUGAUGUUACGCCUAAAUUGAUCCAUCUCCACCUUAGGGUUCCGGUACACCGUAGAGGGCGGAGGAGAAGCCGGCAAAUCACCGGACGAUUGCUUCACGUAAUAACGAUAAUCGUGAAAACCCAAUCUUCCGAGUCUACUAAUUUCAUUACUUCUUCAAAAGUCAACCAACCGCAGAUGGAUGGGGAAAAGAAGAAUGGAUCAGUAAUGCCUUCUUUUAUGGAGAAUGGAACAGCCAACACCCUAGAUCGGUCAUCAAGGUGUAGGGUUUUGACUUUUGACAUCUGGCUUUCUCUUUGGAACACUCUCUACAAUUUGAUCAUCAAAAUUAUCCAUAAAUCGAUUGGAAAUCUUGAAAGAAUACGGUGUAAAUCCUUUGAUUGGAAGAUUAAGUGCCCAACGUGCUUUCUGACACAUGAUUCGAUUGGAUACGGGAUGACGUUACACCAUAGGAUAAGGACACGUGUCAGCACCAGGAUGGCUGAUAGAACUUAUGGGGAUGGUAGGUAUUUCAAAAUAACUUCCUCUUGGUAUUGUCGGGUGGGAAGGUCCUUCUUUUCUCCUAAUAUUGGGAAAGUGCAGCAACUAGGAGAAGGCCUGGAGUCAUGGUGUGGAUUCUACCAUAGUAUUUGUCCUACUCAAAUGGGAUUGUCACUAAAUAUUGAUAUGGCUUCAAUGGCUUUUAUUGAGGCUCCCCCGGUAAUAGAUUUCGUAGGCCAGCUUCUUGGCAAAGGUAUGCUAUCCAGACCGCUCUCUGAUUCUGACCAUGUUAAGGAUGAUGUGGGGAGACACCUUUCACAAUCAGAAAAACAAAUAAACUUAUGGAAUUGUAAAGAUGAUGAGCAAAAUGAUGAAAAUGGUCAUUUUGGUAAUGACCUAGAUGAAAAUUAG